AUGUUGGCACGUACGCAUGGUUUGCUGGCCCUGGUGGUGGCCCUGAUGGCCACGGGUGCUCAGGCUGAUCGGGUGUCCUUUCGCGCCCCGGCCAUUCCCCUGGUGACGACUGAUCCCUGGAUGCAAGUAUGGAUGGGCGCUGACCAGCUGACGGACACGGAGGCCAUGUACUGGGAGGGUGAUGAGCGAGCCAUGGCCGGCUUUGUGCGCAUCGACGGUGAUGCCUACCGCUUUCUCGGCAACUGCCAAAACGUUUCAGACUGCCCCGCUGCCAUGACCCAGACAGACGUGGUGAUCAAUGCUACGGCCACAGGCGUCCACUUCGCCGAUCCCAAGGGUCGCGUGUCACUCGAGGUGGUCUUUCAGACCAUGCUCUUCCCCUCCCGCACCGACUUGAUGGCCCGUCCCGUCUCCUACGUGGACCUCACUGUCACUAGUCUCGCGGCCCAGUCGCACGCGGUUGAGGUUUACUUUGACAUGACGGCACAGCACGUGGUUAACACGGUGGAUCAGCAAGUGCAAUGGAGUACAUUCCAGCAAAGCGGUGUUCAAGGCGUUUCAAUCUCACACGCUCACCAGCAAGCACUGGACGAAAAAGGCGAUCGUAUUGGCCGCGAUUGGGGCUACCUGUACCUCGGUACCCGGGUCAAUACCUCGGCCACCUUCCGCGCUGGGGGUGGUGAGGAACAACGCCGGGCCUUUUAUACCACGGGUGCCCUGCCUUCUUCCACGGACAACCGGCAACCUCGCGCCGCCCAAGACGACAUGCCUGUCGUAGGUGCAGCCUGGGCCACGACGGCCACAGCGAAUCCCGCAUCCCUUGUUCUACAGAUUGCUUACGAUGACGUUGCCACAGUCAACUACUACGGUCAUGUGUAUCACGGCUAUUGGACUCGGCUCUUUGACAACAUUUUCGACGUGAUGCAACAGGCGGAUCAUGACUACCCAGCCAUCCGGGCACUUGGCGCAUCGACCGAUGCAGCGGUGCGGGCGGCCAGUGUCGAGGCCGGCGGUGACAAGUACAGCGUCAUGACAACGCUGGUGUUCCGACAAGUGCUCGCCGCCACGCAACUAGUCUGGGCUGACGACCGCAACACCACCUGGCUCUUUCUCAAGGAAAUUUCGACCAACGGUGACAUGCAGACCAUGGAUGUCAUUUUCCCAUCCUCGCCCAUGUUGCUGUAUUCAAAUGCGAGCCUCUUGGCACUGCUGCUGGAGCCCGUGCUGGCCUAUGCCAACAAUGAAACGAACACGCCGUACGGCAGCCCCUACAGCCCUCAUCAGCUGGGUACCUUUCCCAUUGCGGACGCCACCACCGACAGUCAAGAGCCCAUGCCCAUGGAGAACACGGGCAAUAUGUUUUUGAUGUUGCUGGCCACGGUGCAGCGGACCAAGAGCGCCGACUUUUUCUACCCGCAACACUGGGACUUGCUCACCACCUGGGCCGAAUAUCUCAACGCCAGCCUGCCCUACCCGGCGAACCAGCUGUGCACGGAUGACUUUACGGGCCGCCUGGCGAACAACACCAAUCUGGCGGCCAAGGGCAUUGUGGCGCUGGAGGCCUACGUUCAGCUGUGCCACUUGGUGGGGGCCCCCAACUGCGAGGCUCUCGCGCCAUAUCCGGCUUACUUUGCCCACAUUUGGGAGACGCAGGCUUUGGACACGGAGCCCACGCCCCAUUAUCGCCUGGCGUACAACAUGACGGGCACCUACUCACUCAAGUACAAUCUCUUGUGGCAACACAUUUUGGACAUGGAAGGACCUUUUAAUUACUCGACGGUGGCGAGCAAUGAGUUUGCUUACUAUCGCUCGGUGCAAAACCAGUACGGCACGCCUCUGGACGAACGCCACACCUGGGUCAUGUUUGAGUGGCUGGCCUGGGCAUCAUGCUUUGCUUCGAGCAAGUCUGACUUUCAAGCCCUGUUUGAGCCCACCUUUGACGCUUACAACGCCUCCAGCUCGCGGGUGCCCAUGACUGAUCUGUACGAUUCAAUCACGGCGGAUGCCAGCAUGAACGGGUUCUUUGCCCGACCCGUGGUGGGUGGCGUGUACGCCAAGCUCAUUCUGCCCUAA